AUGCGUCUCGCCAUCAUCGUAGCUGGCCUUCUCCAGGCAUGCCUCGCCAAAUCGUCAGUCAGUCGUAAAGCAUGCCAAAAUCACUCCGCGAAACCAUUAGACGGAUGUCCCAAGGGCACUCUACUCGUCGGUCCUGGACAGCACUUCACCAGCGUGCAGUCCGCCAUCAUCAGUCUCCCCAAGGACACCUCACCCCAUCAUAUUCUCGUCCUAGCCGGCAACUACACCGAACAAAUCAAUGUCACGCGUCCCGGACCCGUCUACCUCUAUGGCGAAACCGAUAACCCAGAUGACCAGAAAAAGAACACGGUAAAUAUCAUCUGGCGCAAUGCCACCGGCUCAGCAGCCAACUCCACACUCGACAAUGCCUACACGUCCGUAUUGACUGUGGCUCCCACUUUCAACGCCAGUGCCACUGGAAGCGGACCCAAUGGCAGUCCCGUAGCCAAAGACACACCCUUUGGAAACACAGACUUUCGGGCCUACAAUCUAAACUUCAUCAACGACUACAGGCCCUACGUCUCAGGCCCCUCGCUCGCAGUCUCUGUGAGCUAUGCAAACAGCAGCUUCUACUACUGCGGAUUCUAUUCGUAUCAGGAUACGGUCUACGUGGGCAAACUCGGCAACGCCUACUUUUACAGGAACGAAAUCGCCGGGAUAACCGACUUCUUAUACGGCUUCGGCACCGCCUGGAUCCAAUCCAGUCUCUUGACACUACGAGGUUGCGGCGGCGGCAUCACAGCCUGGAAAGGCACAAACACGACGUUUGCCAACAAAUACGGCGUAUACAUCCACAACUCCAACAUCGUCAAAGCAAACGCCAGUCUCUCCAUCCGCGGAAAAUGUGCCCUCGGCCGCCCCUGGAACGAGCAACACCGCUCCCUCUUCGCAAACUGCUACAUGGAUGACUCCAUCCAACCCGGCGGCUACAUCCGCUGGAGCACCACGGACCCGCGCAUCAACGCCAACACGACCAUGGCCGAGUACAAGAGCUAUGGGCCCGGUUGGGACGAGAAGGCGCGGGUGGCGGGGAAUACGACGGCGGUGUGGGGGGAGAAGGAGAUGGAGGGGUGGAGGGGGGUUGGGGAUGUUUUUCAGUUUCCGGGGGAGGGGAGGGGGGGGAACGUUGGGUGGAUUGAUAAGGAGGUGUUGGUUGAGGGUGGGAUGGUGGGGUUCAAGGGCGGGGUAGAGGGGGGAGAGUGA